GCCCACAAUUUCAUCCGAUGUAGCUGUGAAGCGUCUAAAACAGAAACUCUCACUUCAAGGGACACCCAAGGAAAUGAGGUUUUCAGGACCCACCCUGCCGGGGAAGUCACCAAUGGACUGUGGACACUUAGCUGAGAGCAGCGAGGAGAUCUCCGGCCCGGGCACAGAGCCCGAUUCCCUGCUGCCUUCUGCUGCCGGCAGCAAUUCCUGCCCACCCUCGGUAGCGGGGCAGCGGGCUGGGGCACCUCCGGGCAGACCCGCCGCCGCUAACGCCGCUCGAGAGCGCAGCCGUGUUCAAACCCUGCGCCAUGCCUUCCUCGAGCUGCAGAAGACUCUCCCCUCCGUGCCGCCCGACACCAAGCUCUCCAAGCUGGAUGUACUCCUCCUGGCCACCACCUACAUCGCACACCUCACCCGCAGCCUCCAGGAUGAGGAAGAGUCACCAGGAGAGGGCUUGGGUACCCUCCGAGGGGAUGGAUACCUCCACCCUGUCAAGAAGUGGCCAAUGCGUUCCAGGCUAUACAUUGGAGCUACGGGACAGUUUUUGACUCACUCGGCACAAGGAGACGGCGCAAACCAAGGAGAAACAUCAACAACUUCACAAAUCUAA